GGCUCUGGAGUCAAGUAGAUUCGGGUGCACAGAGUGCCUCUGAGUACAUGACACACUGAUUAUGCUCCACAUUAUCAAACGCUCGGCACAGGAAUAGAAUGAAAAGAGACAACGACGCACAAAAUCCGAAUCCUUUUCGUCGUUUCAACAGCGGUAAGAAGCUGUCCUAUCUAGCGUCGUGCUUCCACUAUCCUACCGAGUUGACGUUAUGAUAGCGGCUGUCCAUCAGUGCUUAAAAAAGGAAUCCUUCGCACACAAGAAAGCAAUAGAGCUGUGACCAUGUGACCCCACAUGCGUAAAACAGAAGCACGGAAGACUUGCGGCAUUAAUGGCAGUGAUAUGUGAUGGACUAAGGAAAGUAAGCACCAUCUUCGACUUUGUUCCUUACCUUCCUCCGUUCAAGCGUGGGCCUAGUUGAGCCAGGUGCAUUCUAUCGAUGCGUGCGCACAAGCGUCACUCGUAUGUACAUGGCACUGCGCACGGAUCAACAGAAGGGUAGGCAGCGUGGCUGUAUCAUCCUUUCAAUUGCUGCAUACGAUCAGCCGAGCGUUUGAUCACUCGUUGGCGGCGCUCAUGCUUGAACGCCAUCCUUUAAUGGUCAGUAGCUCCGUGAUCCCUGCUUCACAGGAAAGAGAACAGACGCACGAGGGGCUAAGUAUAUGUGCACAGUCAUGCUUCCACAAGCCUACAGCUGUUGGGCUUUCGAAGAUCGUGAUAUGUGGAUUUGAUGCGCAGCUUGACCUGCAUUUACCGGGCUGUCGUUGACGAUCGGCGAGCGCAGCUCUCGCGGAACGGGCAUUCCAGAGGAUUUGAAGCGAUCGCCAUUUGUGCGAUGAGACGAGUUGCACAUGAAACGUGGUGCAGGCGGCAACGGCGGGACCGGGCGGGACCGUGACUCGAACGCGUCGGGCGCGCCGUCCAAUCAGGGUAUGUCGGACAAUGCCUGAUCAGGCCGUGGGAUAUCCGUACGCGCCAUUUAAAUCACGUCGCGUCGUGUGUUCAACCACGUCGACGCGUUCUUCCUCUCUUCCCAGCGCUAGCAGCAGAGCCGUGGUUUCCAGACCUCCCUGUCAUAGAUCCAGUAUGAGCACCUCAGAAGGCUCGGGCGAGCAGCUCCGCUCGUGGGCGAAGAAACAAUUGGGGUUCGACGACGAUAUCCCGUUCUUCGGGCUGGAAAAACAGUGCGCGCAUGGAGCUUGCUAUGCAAUACUCACAAUGCUUGGGAAGAUCAAAGUAGCCCUGUCGACAUGUCCCUAUUCUGGAUACGUUGUGAUGGAUCAUCAUCUCAUUGUGUCGCUAAUCGGUAUUCCUGCAGUGUAUCUGUCCGAAUUGCGGAAACAUGCUAAUGAAUAUCCGCUUGAUAUGAAUUUUUCCAUUGUGUUGCAAGAGGGAAGUGGUUUUGGCAUUGUGACGUGCCUUGAGAGUGGCUGUGAUUCUGCGGUUGUGAGGCUCGGGAAACGCCUGUCGGUUCAGGAUGGUGGCAUUCGAGAUGGAUUGGGAUCUCUUUCCGCAUAUAGGGUCCACAUAACUCGUUGUCUUGCACAUGUGGCGAGUAGGGAUGCCCGGGUCAAAGCUGAAAAGGCCACCAAGGUGGGGCCUUCUUCUACCUUCUCAUCCUCUACUUCCCAUCAUUUGCGCCGCAACCUUCCUCUCAAGAUGGAACCUCAGGAUUCUUCUUUGUCUCUUACUCGUCGUUCAGUCAACGCUAGUGUUGCGAAAUCAGAUUCCCGAGAGCGCUUGCUCUUGGAUUCACAGCCUACUAGUACUGUGGCAUCUGUUCCGUCCAAACGCCCAUCAAGUCCUCUAUCGAAGACAGCAAGCCCCCUUAUCAAGGUCAAAGACGAAGAGUCCGAAUUGAUUGAUCUGUCCCUGUUCGAUGCACGUCCAGUCAAGAAGAUCAAGACCGAGUCUGACUCUCUACCAUCUCUUCCGUCAACGCCCACGAAGAAACCGCUCUCGCAAGCCAACAGAGCGUCCCCUCAGGGCAUGCUCCACACGCUGCCUACUCCCCAGAGUACAGCAGAUAUCCGUGCGAGGAUCGGUGACUUGCAGAGCAACAUUGCUGACAUCAAUGGUCAGAUCGCACGAGUCAGACGCAAGUCCAUCCCUUUGAGGGCAGAACUCCUGCGUGUUGCUGCGUGGGAGAGAGAUCGUGCGGACAUGGAGGCGGAGAAAGCCAGGCUGAGCGCGAAGAUUCCUGGCGUUUCGCGCAAUGGAUCUUGGGCGUCUGUCAAAGAAGAACACAAUCCCGCUUUCAACAUGCCAACGACACCUGUCAAGAAGGACUUCGAUGAGGAUGAUCGUGUCAACUACCUGCUCGAGCCCUCCUCUCCUUUCCGCGGUGACGCUCACCUUCCUCAGACGCCUGUGGCAUCCGGUUCGAAUGUCCGGCUGCCUCCUUCGAGCCCCUCUGCUCCCCCGACAAGCCCAUUCCGUUCUUCAAGUCCGUUCACCGACUCGGAUGAAGAGAAACCUUUAGCUUCCACUCAAGCUGAUGUGAGGCCUAAGAUUGUGUUGGCCCAAUCCGCAGCGGGGCAAGAGCCAGGCGGUGUCGCUGCUGGUAAGGCCAAGGCACCUGAUGUCCAGCCCGUGGCCUCCAGUUCGAAGGAGCAACGUCUAUUUCCCGUGCCUGCUCCUCAGGAUCACGAAGUGGAAGAUGAAGUGCAACAGUACAUGAAUGGCCAGCUGCCUAACCUCGACGACGACGACGAGGUGUACGAUGACGAUGGCAACUGGUUUGGACGGGGAAGAGACACAUUCGAAGGCCCAGUGGCUAACGCUGAUGACAUCGAUAAAUUCUUGAUCGCUGCUGGCAAUGCCGAGCAGUUCGAUGGCAACGCCAAAGUGGAUGAUGCCCUUGUCAAGCUCGGCCUUCCUGGGCUAUACCAACCCUUGCCCGGUAUGGAGGUUGCUCUCAUGCCUCAUCAGGCUAUCGGUGUUGCAUGGAUGCUCGACCGAGAGAGAGGUCCGCACAAAGGUGGCUGCUUGAGUGACGAAAUGGGUCUCGGAAAGACUGUGCAGAUGUUAGCGAUGCUGGUUUCGAAUCAAUCCCGCGACCCUCUCAAAAAGUCGACGCUUAUCGUUGCUCCUCUUGCCCUACUCGACCAAUGGCAGAUGGAGAUCGAGAUGAAGACAAACUGUGAUUUGAAGUGUUUGAUAUACCACGGCCCGACGAAGGUCAAACGCAGGGUCGACUUGCAAAAGUAUGAUAUCGUGCUGACAACCUUCCACACCCUUGCGAUGGAGUGGCCCGAUCCCGAGGAACAGGUGAAGAAGGCCAGGAAGAAUAAAAAGGGAGGCAAUAAGGUCGACUACUGGGAUGGUGAGAGCUCUAGUAGUGAAGAGGACAAAAAGAAAAAGAAGGUCGGGAAGAAAAGAGGAUCUUGUUCGGUGGCUAGUGGGAAUAUUGUUGCGAAUGGAUCCCAGUGGUACCGUGUCAUCCUGGAUGAAGCGCAGAACAUUCGGAACAAAAAGACGCGUAUCUCUCGCGCUGUGACGAAAUUGGAGGCUGUAUACAGAUGGGCUUUGACUGGUACACCUAUCAUCAACAGCUUAUCGGAUGCGUACGCAAUCAUCCGUUUUCUGAGAAUACGACCAUGGUACGAUUGGGUCGAGUUCAAUAACCAAGUGGCGAAGCCUGAAAGGAAACAGCGCAAGUUAUCAUCGAGCCUUGCUGCAACUCGGCUGCAGGCGAUCUUCACGUCCAUGCUAUUGCGCAGAAAGAAAGACACGAUGCUGGAUGGAAAGCGUUUAAUCGAGUUGCCGCCCAAAGAGGUACACUUGACCAAACUCGGAUUCACAGCGGAAGAGAGGGAUGUCUACCGUAUUGUCGAGACCCAGUCGCAAGCGACUUUCAACAGGUUCCUCCAAGCCGGCACAGUCUUGAAGAACUAUUCCCAAGUACUUGUGCUGCUGCUCCGCCUUCGUCAAAUCUGCUCUCAUCCAUCGUUGAUCCAAGAAAGUGGUAGCGCCUUCAUCCUUCCAGUUGAUGAAUCAGACGAAGGUGUUUCCUACGAGGCGCGGGAUGAGUUGGAGAGGGCAAGGAAGCAGGUUUCUACUGAGUUCGUGGCCCGAAUGAAGUACAAGCUGAGAGACGUUGUACUCAAGAGGAUGGCGGCGGAGCAAGAGUCAGCGGAUGCCGCCGUGGAAGAUGAGGAAUGUCCCAUCUGUUUCGACACGUUCACCGCCGCAAUUGUUACACCGUGCACUCACAUCUUCUGCCGCGAGUGUAUCUGCAACGUUCUGGCUGUUCCCAGGGUUGACGAUGUCAACGAUCAACAAAAAUACAAGGCCAACGAACAUCCUUGCCCCACGUGCCGCUCACCUAUAACUAAGGAGAAGUUGUAUGCCCGCUCGGCAUUCAUGCCUACAGAUGAGGACUUGAUGGCGGUGAGCAAAGCGCAGGCCUCCGGGUCAAACCCGACGGGAGAACGCUCCUACACCAGAUUGGACUCCGAUAUCGAGAUGCUCGACGACGAAGCAGCCAAGCCCAUCGACGUGAAGGGCAAAGGCAGAGCCCGUCGGUUUGUCGCUAGGAAAAGACUUCUUCGUAAGGCGUACGACUCCGAGGACGACUCCGAGCAUGAGGACGCGGACGAUGAUCUCAGCGACUUCAUUGUGCAAAGUGACGAGGAUGAAGAGGAGAAGGAAGAGAGGAUGAAGUUGAAGAAGCGCCUGGUAAAGACGAAGGCCAGGCCGAUCGUAUUGGAUUCAGAUGACGACGAAGUCGUUUUCGGAAAGAAGAAGCAUGUGCAAGAUCUGCCAAAGGAGCAGAUCCAGUUGAUGCACAAGUUCUUGCCAUCAACCAAGAUGAAGCACAUGAUGGAAUUACUUUGUGACUGGGCAGACAAGAAUCCAGAUGAAAAGACCAUUGUCAUCUCUCAAUGGACUCAGUGUCUAAUGCUUGUUUCCGACUACCUGACAGAGAGAGGCAUCGUGCACGUCAAAUACCAGGGCGAUAUGGCACGCAACAAACGCGACCAGGCCGUCCGCGUCUUCAUGGGCAAGGACUCGGCCACAGUGAUGUUGAUGUCCCUCAAGUGCGGUGGUGUUGGUUUGAACUUAACUCGCGCGAACCGCGUGAUAUCGCUCGACCUAGCAUGGAGCUCAGCUGUCGAGAGUCAGGCAUUUGAUCGUGUCCACCGUUUGGGCCAGAUGCGAGAGGUGUUCGUGCAUAGACUCGUGAUCGAGAACACGGUCGAGGAUCGAGUGCUCAUUAUGCAAGAGCGCAAGCAAGCUCUUGCAGAUGGAAGUCUUGGAGAGGGCGCAGGCAAGAAACUUGGACGUGAGUGCACAUCAUAUUCUACGAUAGAGGAAGUUCAUGACCCGAAAUCCCGCAGGAUUGAGCGUUAAGGAAUUGGCGAACUUGUUCGGUUUGGACCACCGUGGCCGAGUGCUGAACUAGACCAACACUGGGACAGUCAUUCCCAUAACAUAUACCCCCCACUGUCUAUGAUGCCACUCACAAAGUACAGGCGCUCAAAUCUUCAUGCCCGCUCUAUAGAUGAACAUGAUGAAAUGCUUUGCUCACUCUUGACUUCUCAUGCUUACCGCUAUUCGCUCUCCAUGACAGUUAUAUUGCCUCUUUAUUAAUUGAUGCAUAGAUCGAAUAGUUUCAACAGUGCGUCGUAGAUCUUCCAGGGUUAAACACAGCACGCGUACAUGUUAGACAUGUUUUUCAAUGAUAUGAUUUUUGCACAAC